AUUUACACCACCAUUUUCUAUAUUUAUAAAAAAUUUAAAAAAAUAAUUUUGUUUGGUUGAAACUUUUCAACGGGAAGAAGAAACCAUUCUCAAAACGGCGUCGGAUUAGAAUGACACUGGGACAGGGUCAACGACGGCGUGCGCGGUUUGCAGCGUCCGGGAAUCUAGCACGUGUCAUCGUUGUCGACACACCGUAACUUCGUAAUCACAUUCGGCAUCUACCUUACCAAAUCCUCCAUUUUCAUUCAUUUUCUAUUUCGUUUUUCUCUUCUCAACUCAGAAAUCAAUUCUCACUUUCAUUUCAAUUCAUCGAUCAUUCACCAAAAUGUUAGAACAGUUACUGAUAUUCACAAGAGGAGGAUUGAUCCUCUGGACCUACAAGCAACUCAGUAACGCUCUCAAGGGAUCACCGAUCGACACGUUGAUCCGAUCCUGUCUUUUGGAGGAGCGAUCCGGUGCGGCAUCCUUCAACUACGAUGCACCUGCUGCUUCAUACUCCCUCAAAUGGACCUUUCACAACGAUCUUGGACUUGUCUUUGUCGCUGUCUAUCAGCGCAUCCUUCAACUCUUCUACGUCGAUGAUUUACUCGCCGCCGUCAAGCGCGAGUUCUCGCGCCUCUACCAUCCCCAAAAAACCGCGUACCGAGAAUUUGACGAGAUUUUCAAUCAGCUCAAGAUUGAAGCCGAGGCUCGCUCCGAAAAUUUCAAGAAAUCGAAUCCCAUGCCUGUGAGGAACUACCAGGCCAUGGGACAGGGGCAAGGGCAUAAGCCUCGAUCCGAAAAGAAGAGCGACGAUGGUGCUUUGAAAAGUGACGGUGAUGGCAAAAAGGGUAAUAAGUUUGUUGCUAACGAUUCUAACUUGAAGAGUAGUAGUAAUAACAACAAUAAUGAUAAUAAUAGAAAGAAUGUGAAUAACGGUGAAGAGAAUCGAAGUUCCAAAAAUGGGGCUUUUGAUGUAAAUAGGCUUCACAAGCUUAGGGGAAAAGGGGGGAAUAAUGGGAAGAAGGCAGAUGGUGUUGGUGCGAAGGCAGAGCCCAAAAAGGUGAUUAAGAAAAACAGGGUUUGGGAUGAUUCGGCUCCCCAAACCAAACUGGACUUUACGGAUCGUGUGGAUGGGGAUGGAGACAGAAAGGUAGAUUUUUUGGCUAAGGAACAAGGGGAGAGUAUGAUGGAUAAAGAAGAGAUUCUUAGCAGUGACAGUGAGGUUGAGGAGGAUGUUGAUGACACUGGAAAGGACAGUAAGUCCGCUGCUAAAAAGAAGGGUUGGUUUUCCUCUAUGUUCCAGAGUAUUGCUGGGAAGGCCAAUUUAGAGAAGUCAGACUUGGAACCAGCUUUGAAAGCUCUGAAGGACAGGCUCAUGACCAAGAAUGUGGCUGAGGAAAUAGCUGAGAAACUAUGUGAGUCAGUGGCAGCAAGUCUAGAAGGAAAAAAACUAGCUUCGUUUACGAGGAUAUCUUCGACAGUGCAUGCGGCAAUGGAAGAAGCACUUGUUCGUAUUUUAACUCCUCGGCGUUCUAUUGACAUAUUGAGGGAUGUGCAUGCUGCCAAGGAACAAAGGAAACCAUAUGUUGUUGUAUUUGUUGGUGUUAAUGGAGUUGGAAAAUCUACUAAUUUAGCUAAGGUUGCUUACUGGCUUCUGCAGCACAACAUUAGUGUCAUGAUGGCUGCUUGUGAUACAUUUCGAUCAGGAGCUGUUGAACAGCUGCGGACUCAUGCUCGUAGACUCCAGAUCCCUAUAUUUGAAAAAGGCUAUGAAAAAGAUCCUGCCAUUGUAGCAAAAGAAGCAAUUCAGGAAGCUUCACGCAAUGGUUCAGAUGUGGUUUUAGUUGAUACAGCUGGCCGUAUGCAGGAUAAUGAACCGUUGAUGAGAGCACUGUCGAAGCUCAUCAACCUUAACAAUCCUGACCUGGUCUUAUUUGUCGGUGAAGCACUGGUUGGUAAUGAUGCAGUUGAUCAGCUUUCGAAGUUCAACCAGAAAUUAGCCGAUCUUUCAACAUCAUCUACACCCAGAUUGAUAGAUGGGAUCUUGCUCACAAAGUUUGACACCAUUGAUGAUAAGGUGGGGGCUGCACUUUCAAUGGUUUACAUAUCUGGAGCACCGGUCAUGUUUGUGGGCUGUGGACAGUCCUACACUGACCUUAAGAAACUCAAUGUCAAGUCAAUUGUGAAGACGCUCCUUAAAUGAGGGAACAAACUAAACCUGUCAUUCAUGUCUCUGUUUGAUGAGUAACUUGAUUAUCCCCCAUGAUAAUAUGUGACUAUGUGACUAUGGCUUUGGAGGCAAUUUGGUUUGUUUACAUUGGGAAGCUUCUUUCCUCUGUCCACCUUGAGAAUAGCGUGUGUAACUGUAUACUAUCAUCUAAUUUUUCUCACCUUAAUAAGUAAAUAGCCUUCACAAACAUGCAGAUAUCUAACUAUUUCGUGCGACAAAUAAAAUCUCAGGUUUUUUAUAAUUUUAGUGAGAUAUAAUAAAUGCUUUCUUUUGCAAAAUAAAUACAUAA